GAUUCGGUUGUUGCUUUUUCACGGUUUAUGGGUAGUUCAUGAGGUUCUUGAGCUGCUGGACACUUAACCUGGUAAAUCGAUCGAGCUCACUGCUAAUGGCACUCAUUUCGACUUACCACCAUGCAUUGCACGGAGAAGUGUAUAUAUAUUUUGGAGCAUAUCCGUUCUUCUCAUUCUUGCCACAAACGUGGAGGUCAUCCUGGUCUCUGUGAAGCCGACUCUCAUCAGCAUGCAUCGUUUUCCAGCUUGUGUUGCCUUCCAGAUGUGUAGAGAUUUUGGUCUUGACCGAAUUACUGUUGUGUCACAUUGAGCUGCAUUGACACGCUGCGAAACAAAAAUUGAGAUACAUCAGUUGUUGAUAGCAUCCGAUCGACAUACAUCACUUAGGCUUUUGAAGUGCAGGACAAUUUACUCCUUGUACAAGAUUUCGGUCAAUCGGCCAACAGUGGUCUGGAAGCACAUCGUUAUUUGUUCAGUCAUUUACACAAGGUCACUGAUGCUGUCACCUUCGAACGGGCAAAUGUGACUCUCUCCAGCCUUUGAAGAGCUUGAUAGGUCGAAUUCCAGCACUCGGUACAUUACAUGUUGAGAAACCAAUAGUGUUUGGCAAUGAUUCAAGGUAUUCAAGCCAUGGCGGUAACUGAUGACAAGAUUAGGACUUCCGCAAGAUGGAUUACAUUUUUCUUUGCAGCGUGGUCGGUAUUCACUGCUCUAAACGUGAUGCCAGUGCUUAGCCAAGGCACUGGGUCUCUGACUGGGCCCGUUCAUUUUCUUGAAAAUUAUGAAAGUCGAUCAGAUGCUCAACAUUUUCGUUUGCUCAACAGUGGUCAACAAGUGCAGCUAGUGCUUGAUGAAUAUUCAGCUUCUGGAUUUGGAUCGAAGUACCAGUACCUGUUUGGCAAAAUUGGGAUGAGCAUGAAGCUGGUUCCCGGAAACUCUGCUGGCACUGUGACAGCGUAUUAUAUGUCGUCACAGACACCAGGAUUACAUGACGAGAUGGACUUUGAGUUCCUUGGAAAUGUGUCGGGGCAGCCCUACAUCCUGCAAACCAAUGUCUAUGCGAAUGGCGAAGGAAAGCGUGAGCAGCGAAUAUACCUUUGGUUUGACCCAACGGCAGAGUUCCAUUCCUACUCCGUUUUGUGGAAUAAACAACAGAUCAUAUUUUAUGUGGACAACACGCCUAUCCGUGUUUACAAGAAUAAUAAGGACAUUGGUGUUCCAUAUCCCGACUCAAAGGCCGUGGGGAUCUACAGCACUAUUUGGAACGGAGAAAACUGGGCCACAAAUGACGGGUGGACGAAGCUCAACUGGACAUACAGUCCUUUCGUUGCUACUUACGAGUCAUUUGGUGUCGAUGCUUGCCGAGUGGAAAACGGUAACACUGCCAGUUGCAUUGCGCAGUCAAACAGUUGGUGGAUGCAAUCAGAGUACCAAACUCUGGGGGCUCAUCAAGUCGAUGAGCUCGCAUGGGUGAGGAAGAACUACCUUCUUUAUGACUACUGCGCAGACAAGAAGCGUUUUCCUGUUGCGCCAGCCGAAUGUGCCCGAAACCCAUUAUAAAUUCAUUUUAUUGACUGAUGAUUUUUCUGGAGGUUGUGCUUUCCAUCUUCCAGCUCUUACAAUUCCCUUCUGCCGAAAUGUGGAAAAUCUGUAAGCAGGCGUGACUGUAAUUGGCGUAUGCAUCCCGGAUAUGGGCCAGGUAAUAGAGCUCAUAGACAAAGGAACAGCGAUCUGGGACUAAUCUGUUAGGGCAUGCGGAGUGUGCAUAAAUAUCAGUAGUUGGUUUUCGUCUCUUGUCUGAGUGAUCUACAGAAAAUAUGCGAAGGAAUCAUCAGCACUAAGUGAAGAACGCCUCUUACUAGGAUUUUUGGUGGUACAGCUGGCGUGCAUUAUCAUGAAGCCGCCAGUCAUUUUUUGAAAAUUAGUGUCACAAAGUCUAUUUCAGUAAAGUUUAUUCUUUGUGCAUGUUUUUUCUCCAA